AUGAAGAUGAAUCUUUCUGAAAAAGUUCGAGAAGAAAUUAAUAGAGCUGUUUCUGACUAUCUUCAAACAAAUGGAUAUCUGGAAACGCUGAAAACCUUCCGGGACGAAGCUGGCCUUAGCGAGAAUGAUAAAGUUCUGAAUGGAAUCCUUGAAAAGAAAUGGACUUCUGUAUUGCGUCUUCAAAAGAAAGUAAACGAUUUAGAAGCAAAGUUAUCUGAGACCGAGAAAGAAAUCAAUCAUGGAGCUCCCUCAAGAGAUAAGCGCCAGCCUGGAGAUUGGAUUCCUCGUCCUCCAGAAAGAUAUAGCCUUUCAGGACAUAGAAUGCCGGUCAAUAGGGUUAUCUUUCAUCCUUUCUGGGCUGUAAUGGCUAGUUGUAGUGAGGACACUACCAUAAAGAUUUGGGAUUACGAAUCAGGAGAUUUCGAACGAUCACUCAAGGGGCAUACUGAUGCUGUUCAAGACAUCGCUUUUGACAAAUCAGGGAAACUUUUGGUUUCAUGCUCAGCUGAUCUAUCGAUCAAAAUAUGGGAGUUCGGAGGAACAUAUGGAGCUUUAAAAACCAUGAAGGGACAUGAUCACAACAUUUCAUCUGUUUGCUUUGUUCCUUCGGGUGAUUUUAUCCUUUCGGCAAGUAGGGAUCAUACUGUUAAGAUGUGGGAGGUUGAAACUGGGUAUUGUGUUCAUACUUUCCGUGGACAUACAGAAUGGGUAAGGAUGAUUCGAAUUCAUCCUGAUGGAACGCAUUUCGCAACUGCUAGUAUCGAUCAGAGCGUGAUAGUCUGGGCUUUGCAAAGCAAAACUGCGAAAGCGACUUUACGUGAACACGACAAUGUAGUCGAGUGUGUUGAAUGGGCGCCCGAAUCUGCCUUAGCACCAAUUCGAUCCGAAAACGGAAAACCAUCAGUUGAUGCCUUAGCUCAACCAUAUAUAAUUGUCAGUGGAUCUCGUGACAAAACUAUCAAAGUGUGGGACGCUUUGUCGGGAACGGUUCUCUUCAAUUUGAUUGGACAUGAUAACUGGGUACGAGGAUUGAAGUUCCAUCCGAAAGGAAAAUAUCUGCUCUCCGUAGCUGAUGAUAAAACACUUAGGAUCUGGGAAAUAGCUGCUCGAAGAUGCUCUAAGACUAUUGAUGCUCAUCAGCAUUUCGUGACAUCCAUAGAUUUCCAUCCAUCUGCUCCAUACGUAAUCACUGGAAGUGUAGACACAACUUGUAAAGUUUGGGAGUGUCGAUAG